AUGGCUCCCAGCAACCUGCCGUCGGUCCUCAACGCGACCACCCAGGACAUUGAGAUGCUCCUGGCCGCUCAAACCCACGUCGGAAGCAAGAACCUCCAGGUGCACAUGGAGCCUUACCUGUGGAAGACGCGCGCCGACGGCGUCAACAUCAUCAACAUUGGCAAGACCUGGGAGAAGAUUGUCCUCGCGGCCCGCAUCAUUGUCGCCAUCGACAACCCCGCCGACAUUUGCGUCAUCUCCGCCCGUCCGUACGGCCAGCGUGCGGUCCUCAAGUUCGCCGCCCACACCGGCGCCUCCUCCAUCGCCGGCCGCUUCACCCCCGGCUCCUUCACCAACUACAUCACGCGGUCUUUCAAGGAGCCCCGCCUGAUCAUUGUCACCGAUCCCCGCACCGACGCCCAGGCCAUCAAGGAGGCUUCCUACGUCAACAUCCCCGUCAUUGCUCUCUGCGACACCGACUCCGCCACCGAGUACGUCGACGUGGCCAUCCCCACCAACAACAAGGGUCGCCACGCCAUCGGCACCAUCUGGUGGUUGCUGGCCCGCGAGGUCCUGCGUCUCCGCGGCACCAUCUACAACCGCGAGACGCCUUGGGAAGUCAUGCCCGAUUUGUACUUUUACCGCGACCCUGAUACCGAGGCCGAGGAGAAGGUCGAGGAGGACAAGGCCGCCGAGGAGGACGCCGCUCCUGUUGCCAUCGAGACCGCUGCCCCCGCCGCCGGUGGCGAAUGGGAGGCUGGCGUCCCGGGCGGUAACUGGGACGGCGCCGAGGCUGGCGACUGGGCUGCCUCUGGCACCGGCGAGUGGGCCGAGCCUCCCAAGGACCAGUCUCAGUGGUAG